CUAUAGAUUCAUUAACAUGUGACUGUCACAAUCACCGAUUUCCAUGUUUCUAUUAUCUUACAUAUGCUGUCCUAUGAACGGAGAGGGAAUUAAUUGAAUUCAGCUGACAGUAACGGUAACAAAACUUUUAUUGAGCAGUGCUAUACAUACUAUAUAUGUAGGCGUUUACUUUCCAGUAUCUGUAAGGAAAACAAGAAACCAGAAAAGCAGCAGAUAACGAUUUAAUUAACUGUCAAUUUGAAAAGAAAUAUCAGUUAUUGAUAUCAAAGUAUAAAAUUUAAAAUGGCCCUCAAGAAAGUUCAGCGCUUUACGUACAGUGUGGGACACGUUUUAAAUGAUUUAUGUGCGUCUAUGUGGUUUAGUUAUUUAUUGAUAUUUUUUCAUCAAGUUAAACUGUUUAAUAAUGGUUUGGCGGGUAAUUUAAUGUUAAUUGGACAGAUCAGUGAUGCGGUUUGCACACCAUUUAUUGGGUUUGAAUCUGACCGAACCUCAGGCAUAUUAGGUCUUGGGAAGAGAAAGACCUGGCAUUUAACGGGUACACUAAGUGUUCUAAUAAGUUUUCCAUUUUUGUUCAACAAAUGUAUCACUUGUGAGAAUUCUCCAGAUUGGGCUCAGUUUGCGUAUUAUGCACCAUUUGUGGUUAUCUUCCAAUUUGGAUGGGCAGCAACCCAGAUAUCCCAUCUUUCUUUAAUACCAGAAUUAACUUCAGAUGAAGGAGAGCGAGUUGGAUUAAACAGUCUUCGAUAUGCAUUUACGGUUCUCUCAAAUCUGGCUGUUUACUUGAUAUUUUGGCUUCUAUUUGAGUUACAUGACAGUGGAAGUUCAAAACUUUCAAUUGCAGAUGCUCCAAAAUUUCAGAAACUUGUGUUUAUUGUUAUUAGUAUUGGUGCUGUAUUCAGUUUUAUCUUCCAUGUUGGAGUUAAAGAGAAGAAACCAGUUUCACUUGAUGAACGACCGCCAACUACAUUAUCAGAUUCUGAAGCUGGAUCUUCAAUAGAGGAAUCUGUGAUAUCUAAAGUCAAUAGAAUGUAUGUUACAUGUUGGCUUAAAGAACCUCAAUUUUACCAGAUAGGUGGCAUUUAUAUGUGUACUAGACUGUUUGUUAAUGUAUCCCAAGUUUAUUUACCACAAUAUUGUGUUGAAUCAUUAAAACUUAAUAAGAAAAUUAUAGCCAUAAUACCAUUAGUUGUGUUUAGUAGUGGAUUUGUAACAUCUUUUGUGAUGAGACCUCUUAACAGAAAAAUUGGUAGAAAGGCAACAUAUUUUGUUGGCGUUAUAAUUGGUAUUAGUGCUUGUGUUUGGUUAUAUUUCAUCAAUAAGUCAACAGCAGAUCAGGUAUAUGGUGCUGCUGUGUUGUUAGGAGUGGGUGGUUCUACCAUGCUUGUUACAUCUCUUGCUAUGACAGCUGAUUUAAUAGCACAGAAUACGGAAUCAGGAGCAUUUGUAUAUGGUGCUAUGAGUUUUACAGAUAAACUGUCUAAUGGUAUAGCUAUAGAAAUUAUACAACAGUUUCAUCCAUGUGUGAAUUGUUGCCCAGCAUGUGUACCAUAUUAUAGAACUGUUAUAUCUACUAUACCUGGUAGUUGUGCUAUAGUUGGUUUGGUGUUUUUAUUAAUAUUAUUACCUCAAACUAUUGGUAAAAGAAGAAAAGAUGUGGUGAAAUUAAUGAAGGAUGUAGUAGCAACAUCAAAUGAAAUUACAAAUGAACGAAUAAAUACAUCAGGUUAUGAUAGUGAUGAUGAAAAUUCUCCGCUUCUCUCGAAAAAUAAAUCUAUCAACACACCACCUAUAGAUCAAGUAGAGAGAAAUGCUGGUUAAUGUUUUAAUUAUUGUUGUUAAUAUCUAGAGUGCUACUACAUUAUGAAACAUCUUGAACAUCUUGGUCACUGCAUUCAGUGGGAGAAACAGUAUUAAAUAUAGGUAAAUUGAACAGUUGCAAGGCUGGCAGAAAUUUCAGUGUUUAAUUUGUAUGAUGGUAUGUUGUUUCUCAACCUUGUUGAUUAAUAUCAGGGAAACUUUUGUGCAUGUUGACUAGGAAAACCUUUGUGCACGUGGCAAGCACACCUUGCCCCAACUUUUCAUCUGUGUCUGCUGUUUUUGCAGGGAAUAGAUAUCUACUGUGUUCCUGUAUUGCUUGUUCUAUUUGUGAUUUGUUGGACAGACUUGCUGGAUUGUCUAAUAAUUAAUGAUUACAUGUUUGAUACACUUGUCUACAAGUGUUGCUGGAUGUGAAAUUAUUAUAAUGGUGCUUAUGCAGCAUACUAACAAAUCUAAAAUCAAAUGGCUUAUUUAAAGGAGCUAAACCUCUUUUUAUUAGGGCAAAGUAAUGGGUAGAUAUGAUGGUUUAUUUUGUUUCGUGAUUCUGUAAAUAUAUUCAACUAAAUUUCGAUUUUGGGUUAAACUGUUGACAGUGGAACAGAAAAUCGUUUUUUCUCAAUCUUAACUAUAUCUGCAGACCUAAUAUUUCAAAUGUAGAUCUAUACCCACUUCAAAAUAAAUUUGAUAUUUUUACCCACAGAGGUCUAAUCAUUCUACCCAGGGCUCUAAUCUAGUUCAUAUUUGCCAGGCUUGACUGCCCAGUAGUGAAACUGACCAUUUAGAGAAUUUAUCUGUCAAUCAAUUUAUUUGCCAUAAAAUUAAAAUUUCAAAGAAUUUAAUCUUAAAACACAAUAAAUACAGUUAAAUUAUAUGUAAAAAGAUCUUUUUAAUAUUGCGAAAUAUAAUUUAUAUUUCGGUGAAAGAGAGGUAACACUGUUUAUCAUUCCUCAACUGCAUGUGUUUAAGUACAUGAGGAGAUUUCUUCCCUAUAAGUAUUACAGGUUUGUUUUCUUAGAUAACACCACCUUCUUUCCCCUGCUCCACCUGUUAGUUUUUACUAAGGAAAUUUUUAAGUCUUAUUUGUUUUUCUUUAUUAAAAUAUGUUCAGGCUCAGUUAUCAUUGCUCUUUUAAAUAAUUGUGGAUUUUAUAAGUAUUCUUUAUGAUCAACUUUUCAUGUUUAUUUUUAAUAAUUCUGAAUUUUAUAAGUAUUUGUUUAUGUCUAUUAGAUACCCCAUCUUCUGCACAAUGGGAUAUUUAAUGCAUGAUUAAAUUGUAUUGGUUCUAUAUAGAACCAUUUUGAUAUUAUUAAUAUAUUUUAUGUUUUAGUAUAUUUUUAUUACUUCAUGUCCCUGUUGGAAAAGUAUUGUUAUUUUUUUUUGCCAAGUAUUGUUAUUAUUCAAUGAUUGGUUUAUGUAAUUCAUGAGAAAAAUAAAUGACCAUUUCAAUUCAAACAAAUGCCUUUUCUUAUUUGCAAAACAUGGCCAUUCUAGAGCAGGGCCAGGGGGAUACAAAACAUUUAAUGAUAUAUUUAAAAAUUGAGAUAAUGCUAAAAAGUGAUAUAGUCUUUGGAAACAAAAAUCUUUUCUGAAGUAAACGAUAUAUGUCAAAAAUUGUUUGAAUGGGCAUUUUUUGAAGUGAAAGCCCUCAAAAGCCAUAUGUAGAAAUAUUUGUAGUGGCGGUAUGUUACUAUAUUGAAGACAGCAAACAUUUGUUAUAAAACAUUUUUAUUUGUAAAUACAUUAUUCAUAUUCACUGUAUAUUCAUUAUUUCAUAUUCAUUUAUAUAACCUUGUAUGAUAUUAUAAUUUCUUGUAGAUUAAGAUUUUUUAUAAAUAUUCAUAAAGCUGGUUGUUCAUGUUUUAAUUAGAUCUAUUUUGUACAUAGGCCUACAUUUAUAAUUUUAUUAAUAUGUUUAUAUAUACUCGAUAAAUUAUUUUUACUAAACAAUAUUAUUUUACUGUAGAGUAGUUUGUUAUACAUUUUCAGUUUUUCUUGUUAUCCAUAAUGGAAUGUACGUGUCAAAUUCUCAUGGUUAAUGUUAAAAAAUUAUGUUUCUUUGAGCAUAAUCAGGUCAUCUAUUUGCUCUACAAAAGUAUGUUAUUUCUUAUGAACUGGAAAAGUUAAAUGUUUAUCCAUGUUGAAUAAUAAACUGAUAUGGAGCCCCUUAAGUGCACGAUUCCACUCUUACAUAAUUAUUUCUUUAAAACGAAAUAUUAUUUGUUGAAAUAUUUUUUGUUGAAAACUAUGUAUUAAUUCGUUAAAUUUAAAUAUUAAUUCGGUAAAACGAAACAUUAAUUCGUUUAAAUGAAAUAUUAAUUCAUUAAAAAACAAAGUAAUUAAUUCGUUAAAAAGUAAUUAAUUCGUUAAAAAGUAAUUAAUUCGUUCAAAUGAAAUAAUUAUUUCAUUUAAAUGAAUUAAUUCUUUUGUUAUAACAAAUUAAUAUAAGGGUGGAAUCAUGCACUUAAGGGGCUCCAUAAGCUCAAAAUAAAAUUAAAUAAGUUAUUUAUUACACACUGUCAGCCACUAUUUGUAUAUCAUUAACUUCAGUGACAGACGCAUGAUACAUUUAUGCAUUUGGGAGGAUAGGGGGUGUCUCUCCCCCACUUCUGCGAAAAUUUAGAAAAAUAGUGUUGUCAGUGGUGUUUCGUGGCGUUUUUCUGGACCUGAAUAUGACCUCGAAUUUGUAUACUGUUAAUUAGAGAGGGAGGGGGCUGAUUAACUUGUCUUACAAUUAGGGUGAUGUGUCAUUUAUAAUGAAUCGUGUGUUAAUAUUUGUAUUGUAUAAAAGUAGUUUUUUUUUUGUCAACUAUACUGAUUGACAACUAAUAUAUUUUUAGAUAGUUUUGA